AAAUAAAGUUUGAAGAAGCGUGUUGUUACAUAUUUGAAUUUAUCGCUAAAGAAUUUUACUGUCAACAGUUACUGAUGUGUUUAAUUUGUUUUUAGAAAUUAUUUCUCUAGAAAGCCAAUCAUGUCAGGUUUAGAGGAAGUAGGCAUUCCUGGCAAAGAAUAUCUUCGAGAAGCUCUGACCAAUUGUGCAGAUCCUCUAAAAGCCAUUGAAGAUUUUCAGACUGAAAAUGGAAUCCUGCUUCCAUCUCUUCGACCCAUGCUUCCUCUCCUUGAUCGACAUGGUGUUCCACGACAGGAAUUUCACCUAUCAGUUUUAGAAGAACUUAAAGACACAUUAAUAGCUACUAUUGAGAAGCUUUCUCAAAAUGAUCCCCGAGAACGAGAACGUAAGCUUAAGGAAUUGUUGCAGAAGAGCUUUAUUUUGAUUAAUGUACCUAAAAUCAAGCCUGUUGUUUUAUGUAUUUUGAAAAACAUGGACAGAGUUGAAGAUAGAUAUCUCAAGCAUUUAGUUAGCAAUAAACAACUGUAUCAAGAAUGUGAUGUGCAGGUAAAAAGACAAAUUUGGCAGGACAAUCAGUCCUUAUUUGGAGAUGAAGUCUCUCCUCUUCUGACUCAAUACAUUAAAGAGAAAGAAGACUUGUUGUUUAAACACUCGGAUCCCAUCACUCAGUUUUUUGCUCCAUCUCCUAAACAGAGACGGCAGGGUGAAGUGGUACAGAAAUUGCUCACCAUGAUCGGUCAUAAUGUUAAGCUUUAUGACAUGGUGCUACAGUUCCUUAGAACUCUGUUUCUCAGAACAAAAAUUGUGCAUUAUUGUACAUUGAGAUCAGAAUUACUCAUGGCUUUACAUGAUUUAGAAAUUCAAGAAAUUACGCAUGUUGAUCCAUGCCACAAAUUCACCUGGUGUUUAGAUGCUUGCAUUCGAGAGAAGAAUGUUGAUGUAAAACGUUCCAGAGAAUUACAAGGAUUUUUAGACAGUAUUAAGAGAGGAAAUGAACAAGUUCUUGGUGACCUUUCAAUGACCUUAUGUGAUCCUUAUGCUAUAAAUUUUCUUGCAACUUCAGCUUUGAAAAUUAUCAUGUACCUCAUCAGCCAAGAAGGAUAUGCAAGAGAAAAUGCAGUUUUGGUUUUGCUUCUUCGUAUGCUUGCUUUGGGAUUACAAGCUUGGGAAAUGAUUAGUACUCAAGUGUAUAAGGAGCCAAAGUUGGAUGCACAAUUAGUUACGAAGUUUCUACCUUCUCUCAUGUCCUUAAUGGUUGAUGACCAGGUACGAGCCAUUAAUGCAAAAUUGCCUCAAGAUGAUCGUGAAUCUGCUAUUACUACCAUUGAGCACUUUGGACCUCCACCAGAUGCUUAUCAGGCAUACAUUCAAGAAAAUGGUGUGGCAUCAGUAUUGGCCAUGUACUACACAUUACAAAAUGCUCGGCAGAAAGAUCGUCAUGGCCUAAUGCGUGUUUUGGGUACUUUGGCACUGUGUGAAAAUGACCGUGCUUUUGAAGAUCCUUUUCUCAACAGUCUUACCUACUUUUUGGUUACAAAUCUUAUUGAUGAAUUUUCUACUGAGGAUUUUUGUACAGUUGUGUUUGAUGAAUUUUUUCUUACUGGACUUGCAAAAGAAAGUGUUGUAAGACAUAUUCUAAAACUUCUCAAUUAUGUAUAUACAAAGCUGCCUCCAAGCAGGCUGGAUGGAGUUAUGAAAGCUUUGCAACCAUGUGCACAGCAUUAUGAAAGCAUUCAACCAGCAUUCCAAGAAAUACAGAAAUUAUUAAAAAAUCAUCAACCAGUUUGUGUUCCAAAACCAAUGGAAGUAGAUUCUCCUCUUCUUAGUGUGCCAACUCCAGCACCUGUUUAAUUCCAAUUUUAGUGUCAAAAAAUAAAUACGGUUAGGGUUUGUAAUAUAUGUACAUAGUUAUAUUCAUUAUCAUUUCCCCUCUUGAAACGUACAUUUGGUUGUAUAUUGCUUUCAAUGUUAGGCAUCAUCAUGUGAAACUGCAAGUUUAAAAUUGAAUUAUUAAAUAUAACUGAUUGAUGAAAUUGUAAUGUUAAGAAUGUUCCAAAAGCUUAUUUCUUAAACUUAUAUUAUUUUUCAAAAAAAAAAACAAAAACAUAUAUACUUUUUUUUUGCUUUUUGGUAUUUUGCAUAUACUUUGGGAAGAGGGAAUUGUAAAUAUUAAAAAAAAAAAAAAAAAUAAUGCAUAUUAGUUCCCAAAGAAAUCAAAACUAAGAUCAAAAUUUAUAAUUUCAUAUUGGUUGCAGUUAUUGAAAAUAUUUGCAAAGGAUUUUAGACUGUUAUGUUUCAUAGCGUUUCUCCUCUUUUUUAAAUGAUGUGCUUUUUUUUAUUUGCAUUCCUGUGGCAUUAAAAUAUCUUGAAAUGGCUAUUGCCUUUUCUCGUAUUAACCAUAAUGUAUGAUAAUAUAAAAUGAGGGGUUUAUGUAUGUAUAUAUUUUUUUCAUUUUAUCUAA